CGUAGCUCACUGUGAAUCUCACUGUGUGUGGUUGAGCAGCUGCAAUAGGCAACGCGAUCGUGUGAACUGAUUUGGUGUUUCCCAAUCACGAAAGGACUCUAUAACGGGCAGUGAUAGUGUGUGACUUGUGGGGAGUACGUGUGACAAAUCGAAGCAUAUUAGUUUAGAUCCCGCUACAUAUACCGCAAAAAUGCGUGCGAUAGUGCUAAUAUCGGUCCUGUGCGCAGGACUCGCGACCGCCUUCCCACAGCAAGCCAUAGAUCCUGCCUACCUGCGUCAGUAUUACCAACAGAUUGCGGCGCAGGCCGGUGCCCAGGGUGAUGGACCCCAGGCUCGUGCCGAUGCAACGCCAAUCUACGAACAGGGAGCCCAAGAACAGCAACACGUUCCACAGUACAUCCACCAGCAGCAGCAACAGCAGCAGCAGGCCCAGCAGCUCCGUCUGCGGGACAAUGUCCAGGAUCAGAUUCAAAGGCAGUACCAGCAGCCACAACAGGCUAGGCAAUAUCAGCCUCAGUAUCAGGCCCAAUAUCAGCCACAGCAAAUCCAGUACGUCCAGGAGCAGCAGUACACUCAACCCAAGCAGCUGAAGGUUUCCAAGCCCCGUCCAGCUCAACAGUACCAGGGAGGCGGCCAGAAAGGCCUCGAAGACGAAGAGGAUUAUGACCCAAACCCAUCCUACCAGUUCGGUUUCGACGUCAAGGACGACGAGUUCACCAACUACCAAAACCGCAAGGAACAGCGCGACGGAAACGUAAUCAAGGGUAGCUACUCGGUCGUCGAUUCCGAUGGAUUCAUCCGUACUGUCACCUACACUGCCGACCCGAAGGAAGGCUUCAAGGCCGAGGUUAGCCGCCAGCCUACGGACAUCGUCGUCAAGACUCCCAAGCCAAUUCCGGAGUACCAGCAGCAGAUACAGCCUCAGCAGCAGCAUCGCCUCCAGCAGCAACCGCAGAAGGCCCGACCGGACUACACCCAGUACCAGUAGGGCAGUAGGCAAGCGGGAGCAAAAAGGCUGAUGACAUACAACAAGACUUAUCCUACAUACUCUCAAUUAUCCCAAUCCCUUUGAACAUCCUUCCUAUAAUCCUGUAUCAUUUAGUAUCUCAUCAUCUCAAAACUGUAAUUUAUAAUAAUAUUAUAAUAGUUUUAAAUGUAAUUUUACGAUAGAACAAAAAAUCGUUAUAUAAAAAAAUCAAAUCUA